AACGAAUCCCUGUCUUGACGCGCUCGCCCAACUACCUCUCGAAGGGCCUAGAUAUCUCCACCUACCUAGUUGCUUGGGAGCAGCUUAGAAGCAAAGGAGAUCCACAUCUACUCUAGACUCAGUGCUGUGCAUGUCUUUCUCUCCUCUCCACGUUACCAGCACCGACCACAAUUACUUCCGGACGAACAGGACAAGCACUCAGGACUUUGAACUUCAGCCCCUGUACGACCCAGACGUAGAAGACACUGACGACACCGACUCCAGCAGCAGCACCACCACCGCUUCGGUCCGAUCGGGAGAGAGAAUGAAUCGUAGCAGACGAGGGGGUGGCUCAUCAUCCGGCAAGCGCAAGGGCAUGAAUUCCUCGUCGUCGGUCGAGUUCCGGCGCGGGAAGGUAGGGGUGGAAGGUGGGGAAUCCUCGGCCGCGCAGACGGAACACCUCAUCGCUCGGGAAUCCUUCUCGCUCGAUCACGAUCACGAUGUGUCGAAGCCCGCGGCCGCGUCGCUGAUGGACCUGUCGCCAAAGGAUAGGCGCAACUUCUUCCUGCUGGUGCUGCUCUACUUCCUGCAGGGCGUGCCGAUGGGCUGGCGAUGGGCUCAGUGCCGUUCCUACUCAAGUCGAAGCUCUCGUACGGCGGAGAUUGGCGUGUUCACACUGGCGUCGUAUCCGUACUCGAUGAAGUUGUUAUGGUCGCCGAUCGCGGUCAGCGCCAUCAUGUUGCUCUGGUUGGGCGGGCAGGCGGAGAAGAUGAUGGAAGAGGCGAACACGAGGCUCUACUUCUUCACAUGGGUGUUCUUUUGCUUGGUGAUGCUCUGCGCGAGCAGGACGUUGCGACCGUCGGACCUUACCGCCGGCCAAUUCUUGUCGAACACCGUGUUCCUCGCCUUCAAUUCGGCCGACUUUUCGAACCACUACUUCCGCUCGACACCCCUCAAGAACGGCCUCUUCACGCUUGGAGGCUACCUCCAGUUCUGGGGAUGGGCCUACCUGCUUGUUACGAUUGGUCUCGCGGUCCUCAAGAAGGAAGAGAAAACCAGCAACCGUGAUGGCAUCGCUAGCGUCUACAAGACCAUGUGGAGCGUCCUCAAGCUCAAGCACAUCCAGACGUUCGUGAUCAUCCAUCUGAUCUCCAAGAUCGGCUUCCAGGCGAACGACGCCGUGACCAACCUCAAGCUGCUCGACAAGGGUUUCACGCAGGAAGACAUGGCACUGACGGUGCUGAUCGACUUCCCGUUCGAGAUCGCCCUCGGCUACUACGCUGGUAAAUGGUGUGCGUACUUCCCGCCGAUGAAGCUGUGGAUGUGGGGCUUCGUCGGCCGCCUCAUCGCCGCCGUACUCGCCCAGAUCACGGUGUACAUCUUCCCCAAAGACGGCGUGGUCGAGAGCUGGUACCUCCUCGUCGUCAUCGCAGAGCACAUUUUCUCCACCUUCGCCGGCACCGUCAUGUUCGUCGCCAUCUCUGCGUUCCACGCAAAGAUUGCCGACCCCGAGAUCGGCGGAACGUACAUGACGCUCCUAGCCACCGUCUCCAACCUCGGCGGGACCUUCCCGCGGAUCUUCGUGCUGAAGCUAGUCGACUACUUCACGACGGCGACGUGUUUCCCGCCAGAGAAGCCGACCUCCACCUUCCCCAGCCCCCACCGCUGCAUAGACCAGGGCGGCAAAUGUGUCAUCCAGCAGGACGGGUACUAUGUCACGAACGUGUUGUGUAUACUCAUCGGUGUUGUUACCUUCUGGGGAUAUAUCAAGCCCGCCGCGACGAGGCUGAGCGCUCUGCCGUUGAAGAGCUGGAGGGAGUAUGAUAGAAUAUGA